AUGGUGUAUGCCAUUGAGGAAAUUAAUGCAAACGAUUCCCUUCUUCCCAACAUCUCCCUGGGUUACAAAGUCUUUGACUCCUGUAUACAUUUGUCCCAAAGUCUAAGAGGAACACUGUGGACCCUCACAGGACAAGAUCAACCCAUACUUAACUACCAGUGCCAUCAUAAUGUUCCCAUUGCUAUCCUUGGAGAUGCCACUUCAGGAACUUCUAUUGCCAUGGCAACUCUUCUGGGUGUCUACAGGUACCCACAGAUUAGUUACUCUGCUUCCAUGUCCUCUCUGAGCAACCACUUUUUGUUUCCUUCAUUCUUCCGCACCAUUCCAAGUGAUGCCAUGCAAUCCUGGGCUUUAGCACACCUUGUCUCCUACAUGGGUUGGACUUGGGUGGGCUUGAUAUCAUUGGAUGAUGACUAUGGCAUUGAUGGGUCCCAUGUUUUAAAACAGGAGCUCUAUAAAUUGGGUGUGUGUAUAGCAUAUCAUGAGUCCUUUGGAGUAGAAAGUUCUUCCAAAAGGAUCCAGUCAGUUGCAAAUAUAAUUGUACAGUCAUCUGCUAGAGUUGUCAUCAUCUACUCCAGGGACCCCUUUGUGUUUGAGCACCUGAUGAAGAUUUCUUUUGUUAAUAGUGAAGGGGAGCAGAUGUACUUUGACCAGCAUGGAGAUCCACCUGCUGAUUUUGAUAUAGUGAAUUGGCACAGGAGCCAAGAUGGCACCAUUGAGUUUCUGAAGGUUGGAUGGUACAAUGCCAGGGCACCAGUAGAGAAGGAGAUUGUCAUUAAUACCUCAGCCAUCCAGUGGAUCACAGGAGAUACAAAGGUUCCCCUCUCUGUGUGCAGUGAAAGUUGUGCUCCCGGAUACCGGAAAGCUGCCCAGAAAGGCCAACACAUCUGCUGCUUUGACUGUAUUCGCUGCUCCGAAGGGGAAAUAUCCAACCAAACAGACUCCAGUAAUUGUUUUCCUUGUGCUGCUGAGACAUGGCCCAAUGAGGACAGAACUGAGUGCCUGCCAAAAGUUGUAGACUUUCUUUCUUUUGUGGAACCCCUUGGCAUCACCAUUACCUCCACAACCAUAUUCAGUUCCUUCACCACAGUGACCAUCCUUUGUGUCUUCAUCAGAUAUAAGGACACCGCUGUUGUCAAAGCCAAUAACCGUGAUCUAACUUAUGUCCUUUUGGGGUCCCUAGCAUUGAGUUUUCUCUGUCCCCUUCUUUUCAUAGGAAAACCUUAUAGAUUCACGUGCCUUUUCCGUCAGGUGACCUUUGGAGUCAACUUUGUGCUCAGUGUUUCAUGCGUCCUAGCCAAGACCAUCAUGGUUGUCAUUGCCUUCCGAGCUACCAAACCCGGAAGCACUAUGAGAAGGUGGCUUGGGCCAUGCGUUCCCGGCUUAACAGUGUCCAUCUGUACAAACCUUCAGCUCUUCAUUUGUAUCUUCUGGAUGUUGUACUGCCCUCCAUUCCCAGAGAGAAACACCAGGAUCAAGAUUGGGGUCAUCAUAUUCCAGUGUAAUGAAUGUUCGGACACACUGUUAUGGUGCAUGGUUGGAUGUAUGGCUUUUCUGUCAUGUGUCUGCUUCCUGGUGGCAUUUUUGGCACGGAAAUUGCCAGAUACCUUCAAUGAAGCCAAGUGGAUCACCUUCUCCAUGCUGAUAUUCCUCAGUGUUUGGAUUUCCUUUGUCCCUGCCUAUCUCAGUACUCAGGGCAAAUACAUGGUAGCAGUGGAGGUGUUUGGUAUCAUCUCCUCAAGUGCUGGCAUCCUUGUUUGCAUUUUCCUUCCCAAGUGUUACAUCAUAUUAUUAAGGCCCGACCUUAACACACGUGGUAAUAUUCUGAGCAAUAGGUCAACCUAAAAUACAUAAAUCUCAUUCCAAUUACAACAAGAAUGUGGCCCAGCAAUCUACUGACCCCAGGCUCCUUUAUUAUAUUUAUUUGUUUUUAAACAGAUCUAAUAGAUAAGUUACAUAUGAAAGGAAAUAUAUUUCACAUACAGACUAAAUAAGCAUGAAAGUUUAUCAUGGCCACAAGAUGUCAGCAGUUAUCUACAUAAGCAAAGUGAAUUAAACCAACAGCAAGUGCAAGCCGACUCUACAGAAGAGAGGGGACCGGAUUAGGGGUAGGCAGGCAGCAUGGAAGGUAUGUGCCUGGCGCCCCUCCAGCUUUGCGCCCUAAGCACGUGCCUACUCUGCCUUCCCCUAGUUCAGGCCCUGAUCGAGAUGUUAGUACAUUCAAAUUAGAGUUAAAAAAUUCACAUAAUUCUGAAAUUCGACCUUUGAUAAAUUUGCUCCUAAAUGUUGGCUUUCAUUUUUCCUGAUUGGCUUCCAGGAAGUCAUCUUAGACAUUCUUCUUCAUGUUACAGAAACUGCAUUAAUAUAUAUAAAUACAGCACCCUAUUUCCAACUAUAUGUACACACCAUGAUUACAUAUUCAGAAGCAAAACAUAUAUAGGCAUGGGAUCUGUUAUCCAGAAACCUGUUAUCCAAAAUGCUGAAUUACAGGAA